GACUUUCUCUCUCUUUAAACCUCAGCACCUUCGCUGCUAGGUUUUGAAAAUUUAGCCCUAUUCUCUCCACUGAAAACCUGAAAUCCUUCACUUAAUCAACCAUGCCGCAAGGAGAUUACAUAGAGCUGCACAGGAAGAGGAAUGGCUACCGCCAUGACCACUUCGAGCGCAAACGCAAGAAGGAGGCGCGUGAAGUUCACAAGCGCUCUAAAGUUGCGCAGAAUUCCUUGGGUAUCAAGGGUAAGAUGUUCGCGAAGAAGAGAUAUGCUGAGAAGGCUCUAAUGAAGAGAACAUUGUCCAUGCAUGAGGAGUCGUCAACCCGGCGCAAGGUUGAUGAUGAAGUCCAUGAUGGAGCUCUUCCUGCUUAUCUUCUUGAUCGUGACGAGACAACAAGAGCAAAGGUGCUUAGCAAUACUAUCAAACAAAAGAGAAAAGAAAAGGCAGGCAAAUGGGAGGUUCCCCUACCAAAGGUGAGACCUGUUGCUGAAGAUGAGAUGUUUAGGGUGAUCAGAUCUGGCAAAAGGAAAACCAAACAGUGGAAGAGGAUGAUUACUAAGGCCACGUUCGUAGGACCAAGUUUCACAAGGAAGCCUCCGAAAUACGAGCGUUUCAUCCGACCAAGUGGUUUGCGUUUUACAAAAGCGCACGUGACUCACCCUGAACUUAAAUGUACUUUCAAUUUAGAGAUCAUUGGUGUAAAGAAAAACCCAAAUGGCCCCAUGUAUACAUCUCUUGGUGUUAUUACCAAGGGUUGCAUAAUUGAGGUCAACGUUAGUGAGCUUGGUUUGGUCACCCCUGCUGGAAAAGUUGUUUGGGGCAAGUAUGCACAAGUUACAAAUAAUCCUGAAAACGAUGGCUGUAUCAACGCAGUUUUGCUCGUCUAAAUGUACUGACUCUACUAGUUCGAGUUUUGAUCACUUUUGUGGGCACUACCUCACCAAAGUGUUAUCUCUUGUGUUUGAAACGAGACUCUGAUGUUUAAGCUUUGUGAGGAUGUUAUUAAUUAUGAGAAAUUCUGUUCAUUUAUCUUCUAAAGUUAUUAAUUACUUGUUUUUUUUUU